AUGAUUAUUUGGGCACGAAAGCUCCUUAACAAAUCCGAAACCUAUCUCUGUUACAAGUUUGAAGUGGAAUAUAUAGAUAACAUGUUGAAUCUGUAUCGUAAGAGAUUCAAAAUGGUUGUCAAUUAUUCCGAGAGUGUUCAAGAUUUUGUGAAAAAAACCAAGCUCAGAUGUGGAAUUCGAGGUAGUUACGAAUUACAAUACUAUGAUCCAGAUUUUGAGGAAUUUGUGGAUGUUGUGGACAUGAAGGAUUUACAAUUAUUGGAUGAUGAACUCAACCUGAUUAAAUUGAAGAGAGUCAAGAAUACUGUCGAUUCAAUUCUUCCACAAAGAGCAGGCAAUGGAAGAUAUGAACAAUAUUUGGGAAUGACUCUUGAUGAUCGAUACAAAAUUAUUCGAAUUAUUGGAGAGGGAGGAUUUGGUAUCAUUUUUGAAUGCCAAGUGUUGAAUACACCAGAGGAACCAAAUGUGGCAAUUAAAACCAUAGCUACAGGUAAAAAUUCAAUUCAGAAACCAACACAAGAUGCUGAAAAUGAAGCCAAUCUUGUCAAGCAAUUGGAUCACCAGAAUGUGGUAAAGAUUUAUGACACUUUCCAAGUCGAUACCGAGCAUUCUUCCAUGUUUUGCAUUGUCAUGGAACUGUAUAAGGGAGAUGUCAUGUCCAUCAUUAGUGAAUCCAUCAAAUCAGCCGCAACUAUUCCACUGCCAAUUAUUUGGAAAAUCAUUUCUCAAACCACCCAAGCUCUUAACUAUGUGCAUUCCCAACAAGUCAUGCACCGAGACAUUAAACCUCAAAACAUCUUUAUCAGAAGAAGGGAUAUUGACUCGAAUUUGAUUGAGGUUGUUUUGGGAGAUUUUGGUAUUGCCAAAGAGAAUGCACACACUACCAAAAAUACCUAUGCUGGUUCUCUAUGCUACAUUUCACCAGAAUUACUAUUGAAUCAACCUUAUGGAUUUGCCACUGACAUCCUUUCAUCAAUUAAAGUAUGGAAUGUAAUUGAAUUGACUGUUUCUCCGUGUGCUAAAUAUGCUUCAUUUCCAUAUCAUGAUUACACUCCGUAUGCUCAAUUUAUUUCAGUGGAUGAUUUAAUAGAGAAGGAAUUAAAAUUAGAGAAGGAAAAUGUAAAAUCAUUGUGUUCAUCAUGUCUAAUGAAUCAAUCGUGUGAUGUUUCAUCUUCAUGUAAUGGAGUUUGUAUUGUUACUAGAAAUGUCAUACUUUCGAAUAGUCAUGCUGGAACACAUGCUGAUCAACCUAAACAUUUUGAAAAGAAUCCAAUUGUGGAAUAUUUUCACACUCUUCAAUAUAAUGGAGCUUGUUUAGUAUUAAAUUUAGUGGAAGAAUUGAAGAAUAAUUUGGAAAUUUCAGAAGAAAUGUUUCGAAAUGCAAUUGAAAAGAGUAAAAUUCCAAAAGAUAAAAUUCUCAGAUGUAUCAUCAAGACUCGAUCCAAUCAACCAAGUGAUGAACAAGAAUGGACCAAUGAUUUUGCACAUUUUCAUCCAAGUGCAGCUGAAUAUUUAUCAAGAGAAUUACCUAAUCUUCUCCUUAUUGGAAUUGAUACACCAUCAAUUGACCAUCCUAAUAAGGCACCAAUUAUUGAACAUUCACAUGGUAGAUUUUGGAAUGCUAGAAUUGCAAUUUUGGAAAAUUUAAAUUGUGAAAUGAUUUUUUCUCAUACUACUAACAGUAGUGAUAAUAGUAUUAAUAGUAAUAGUAGUAUUAACAAUAGUAUUGAAGGAUAUUUACAAACAACUUUCAAUCCAUUACAAAUUUCACAAGAUGCCAUUGGAUGUUUUGUCAAGUUUUAUCCUUCACAUCAAUAG